AAAGUUCGUGUCGUUUCUCGAGUGUUCGUUCUCUAUAAGCCCAUCUACAAAGUCCCAAACAGAAAGUGUUCUCUCGCUCCCUCUCUGCAAAAAGAGAAGCAACAGUCUCAAAUCGAUUCCAGCAGUUGUGGUUGUCUCAGGUGCAAGUAGCAACACUAAGAUCUUGAAGAAAUCAUGGCGAAGCAUCAUCCUGAUUUGAUUAUGUGCCGGAAGCAGCCAGGAAUUGCUAUUGGACGCCUUUGCGAGAAGUGCGAUGGAAAAUGUGUAAUCUGCGACUCCUAUGUGCGUCCUUGCACACUUGUGCGAGUAUGUGAUGAGUGCAACUAUGGAUCCUUCCAAGGCCGGUGUGUUAUUUGUGGAGGAGUGGGAAUCUCAGAUGCCUACUAUUGCAAAGAGUGCACUCAACAGGAGAAGGAUAGGGAUGGGUGUCCAAAAAUUGUUAAUUUAGGGAGUGCCAAAACAGAUCUGUUCUAUGAACGUAAGAAAUAUGGUUUUAAGAAACGAUGAUGAGCAGUGGGUCUUGAGAUUGUAUCUGCUGAUAUUACCCCUCACUGGUGCACUCAAUCUAAAAUGUCGAAACUAGUUUUUAAGUCUUGAGAUUGUAUCUGCUGAUAUUACCCCUAGUCGUUUUGAAAACAAUAUUGAUUACUGAAGUUGUCGCGUAAUGCAAUGGACCUGGAUUGUAUUGGAGCCGUAUCUUGUCUCUUAUGAUGUCAUGAAUUCUAUCUUCUUGUUUAUAAUCUAAUUGACUUGGAUUUAUUUCCAGGCAUGUUGGCAAUUA